AUUACGCGCUGAAAUUUGAGGUUUUUUUUGUAAACACCAGAAGCUAAAGAAAAAUGUGAAAAUGACAGCAACUGUUCUUAAACCGCAUAAUAAGCUACCACAGUUUAACACAGUUACAGUUUUAUUAGUAGGAGCUGAAGGCACUGGAAAACAUGAAUUAGCCAAGGGAAUUAUUUCUAUAGAUGAACCUUUUUCUGUCCAAAUCCGUACUGCCACAUGUUUGCCAUUGUCUACUGAAGAUGAGGAAAGCAGACCUAGGAUUGAUUUUAUAUGCUUCAUUGUAGAUUUGACAAACAGGGAAAGCAUGAGAGUGGUAGAGGAAUCAGUGAAGCAUGUAGACCUCAGGUAUUUUCUAGGAAGAUCUUGUUUUGUGGCUUUGAAAGUGAAAAGUCCAGAGAAGAGAGGAGUUGGCUUGGAGUUAGUUUCUCAGUUCUGUGAUCACUAUGGUGCUCCUAUAUUGUAUGGAGCACUUGAGACAGAUCAAGAAAAGAUAACUCUUGCAAAACAGAUUCUAAACAUGGCAAAAGUAUCAGCAGGAUUAGUGAACAAUAUUUCACCAUUGUUAAUAGACUCCACCAGAAGACCAUAUGAUACACAAUUAUUAUGAUGAUAUACAAUUAUUUUAGAAACUGAUCAUGACUAGAAAAAAUUGAUUUCUGAAAAUAAUAUUGAAGACUUCUGAUCAUCAACAUGGAUGGAUAUUGAAAUUGAUUCUGCAGUAACAAAAACAUUUAUAAAAUGUCAAGUUUUUGUUCUUAGUAUGGCGAAAUAUUAUAUGUUGCAUAUCCACACUAUGUAAACAGUGUCUUGUAUGAAAUGCCCGCCAAGGGUAUCUGGGGAAUAGAAAUAUGGUAUCUUUGGUCUUCUUCUGACUGACAGUAAAAUCCUUGCCAAAGUGUGAUUUGUCUGUUUAGCUGUGCGGGAUGUACACAGCCACAUCCAUAUAGAAUGGGGAUGUUUAAUCCGAUGCCUGGUGUAAAGAGAGUACAAUGCUCUCUGCAUGUUAAGAACCCUUACAACAACUCUUUGAGGGUUGCAUAGGUUGCCUGCUGUAAGGCCCAAUUUCUGUCCCUAUCCAAUAUACCCUCAUUUUCCAGUGGCAGUCAAAAUUUCCCCAACCUUCAUCCAGGACAGCCUCAAAUACAGAACCUUCCUCUUGUAUUUAUUGUUAAUUUGUUCUUGUCCUGAACAUGCAUAAAAUAGUUGCCACUGGACAUUAAGCAACCAAUAAUCAAUCAAUCCUCAAUGAAAUGUUCUUUCCCGUUCUUGGGUGUACUGUGACUUCCAUUUUCGAACAUCCAAGGGAAAACAAAUUCUACAAGGCACAAAAUGCAGAUUCUUUGUGAAACCAAUGAAAGUCAAAUGAAAGCAACCCCACAUUUUGUCUCUACAGGCACAUAAAGAAUUUGGCAAUUAAUCAUGUUUGUGAGCCCUCAAUUCCCCAUAACCUUAGAUAUUUAUUUAACAGCAGAAAAUGAGACCAAACAAACUGCAAUAUCAGCCAAAUAAAACUAAACCGACACCAAGCACUUACACAAUAAAUAAAAGUUACUGAAUUCAAUGAACUCACAC